GAAGAUGCAUUUGUCUUAUGUUUUACUCAUUUUGUUUCCUCUUUACAAUGGUCUAAGUACCACCUGCCCCAGAAGAUGCAAUUGUGAUUCUACACAGUCAGUGCAAUGCUACCGGGUUCUACAGGUACCUAGAGAGAUUCCUGCUAACGCCAGGCGGCUUUACAUCAGCCACAGCAAAAUCAAACACCUCCAGAUCUCUGACUUCAGUAGAAUAUCUUGCCUGGAAGAGCUUAUCCUGUCUUGCAGUGGAACAGAAUCGGUAGAAGAUAACACCUUCAAAGCUCUGAGCACCUUGAAGAUCCUGGAACUCUGGAAGAAUAAAUUAAGGCGCAUACCCACUUCCCUCCCAUCCAGACUUGAAGUAUUAAAACUUGGUGACAAUUCAAUUAGUGUUCUGCAUGAGUCGGAUUUUGAAGGCUUAAAGAAAUUAAGGGUGCUUGACAUUCAAAACAACUUGAUUUUGGCAGUCUCUUUCAGCACACUUUCCUCCCUUUGCAGUUUACAGAGUCUGACUUUGGAUGGUAAUAAUAUGGAAUCUGUGUCUGGGCCACUUAAGCUUCCUGAACUGAAGUAUCUGAGUAUGCAGAAUAACAAACUACAUUCUUUCUCAGGCAGCUUCUUUGCACCACUCCAACAUUUACAAUUUCUCAGAUUAACUGGCAAUCUUCUGACCAAGGUCCCUCUUAACCUGCCUAAGUCCCUGCUUUCAUUAAAACUAGAGAGAAACCAACUCAAAAUUAUAAGAUUUCGAGACAUGAAACACCUGGAAAACCUGUCUGAGCUUUUCCUCUCUGAAAAUCAGCUCUCAUCAGUUGAUGGUGCCCAGCUUCUUCCUAACUUAACCACCCUGGAGCUGUCCAGGAACCACCUCCAAUCCAUGCCACUCAGACUAUCAGCCAGACUACAGAAACUUGACUGUAGCAAUAACUUCAUUCAGAGAGUGACAGCCCAGGGCUUCCAGGAUCUACGAGACCUCAAGCAUUUGUUUCUUGACAACAACACUGUCAGCACGUUUGAGGCUGGAGCGCUUCAUGCAUGUGCACAACUAUCUAACCUAGCACUGGAACAAAACCUGCUUAUUUCUAUUCCAUUAAGACUUCCAGAUACUCUAGCCAGGUUGGAUCUAAAAGGAAAUGACAUACAGGAUGUUGGAGAACGAGAGCUAAAGGACUUGAAACAGCUCCAGGUUUUAAAUCUACGGAACAAUAAGAUAUCUGCCUUGGAUCGAAAAGUCGUGGAAAAUCUGCCUCGUCUCAGGUACCUGUAUUUGGAUGGAAACCCUUGGAAUUGCACCUGCGACCUUCUGAGAACCAGAAGAGCUCUAAUGGCCAAAGGGACAGAUGUCAGAGGAGGACAGUGUGCAGCACCAGCAGAAAGCCAAGGCGAAAGUUGGAUGUCUUCCAAAAAGAUUCUGCAGCGGUGUGAAGACCACCUCUCUUCAACUGAACGAGGCAAAGAGGUCAGAAAAAAAAUGAAGACUGAUGACCUCUCCAGUGAAGGUGUAAACAUGGAUGAUGAUUAUUAUGAUUAUGAAAUAGAUUAAUCAUGUAACUAUGAUGAGCCUUAGAGCUAUCUUUCUUAAUUCAGCAAUGAUAUUUGCAGACAAAGAGCCUGCUAGGCUACCAUUGACAUUUCAUCUUUUAUUUUAUACUACAAGACUUAGUGACUUGGUGGAGAUGUAAGGUGUUUUGAAAAUUGUAAGAUGCCUCUUUUUUAAAAAACUACUUUUUGUUUAAUAUUAUAUGUGUGUAGAAAAUAAGAGUACCAGUACUAGCAGCUAGAAAAGUUUGGCACAUUCAAACAAAAUGGUGGCAAUUAACUGGGUCUGCUAGCUCUGCAUGGGGCUCAGACAAGCAUGCAAAUAGUUCCAUGGAAGUCCUGUAAAUAAAAUCCACACCUACCUCACAAGGGCUUUAUGAUAUAAACACCAGCUCUGAUAUAUACACUAGUGCAGAUCUUAUUGAACAGUUCCCAAAGUGCUUGAAAACCAAACAGAACAGAAAUACACAAACACUAAAAACCAGUGAAUUACAAACAACAAUCUAAGGGCUUUCCUGCCAGUUCAUAAAUCUCAGCUGAAAACUGAGCAGUGAUAGCAGCAAAUUACUUUCCAAAACAAACAGUCUCAAUUAUCCACUGUUUUCUGGUGCCAUUCAGUUACUUAAUAAUCACUCACAUUCAUAAAGUCUGUUUUUUCAGGUGUCAGACCUCAGUUAUUUGGUUAUGUCACCUAUGAAAGUAUCAAUAGUAUUUGUAAUUAGAGCUAUAUGGGUCACAUGAUUAAAUACGGUGACAUGAGGAAUUUGGGGUUUUUCAACUUUUUUUU